CACAACAUAAACAAAGACACAUUAAACAAAGACAGGACAGACAACACUGUCAGGGCAGGAUCCUGACAUUGACUGGUUAAAUGACUGGUUGUUUUUAUGAUAAAAUUUUGAGUGUACUGGCCAAUUCACUUCACCGACAGAUGCAGACCAACGUCGAUGGUCACCAGAUUACAAUGACCGAGGGACGACUCUGCCAGGUGCAGCUCCUGGACGACAGGAAGCUGGAGCUCUUGGUUCAGCCAAAGCUGUUGUCCCGAGAACUCUUGGAUUUGGUCUCAUCCCAUUUUAACCUGAAAGAGAAGGAAUACUUUGGGUUCACUUAUAUGGAUGACACGUGA